CCCACACUAAGGCUGACAGGUCGCCCCGCGCCAUCGGCGCGUGAUCCCCUAUCCUCGAUCAUAGACUUCAUAUCUACUUGAGCUUGGUUGUUGAACCAUGGGUGAGUUGCCUGCUUUAUUACGGCUUUGACAUUGAGGGUUCUCACCUGUCCUGAUCAUUGGGAUUUUACUCUUUUGCUCCCACCCCAGCCACCGUCAAGAGUUCUGCAUCAGAAGCGCCUGUCUCUAAUAUGGUCAGGGCAAAUAUCCGCCUAAGCUCCUGGAAUCUCCGAUACGACUCGAAGCCAGAUAACAUCACAGUGUCUCACACGAUCGCAAAUUUGAAGAGUCCACUUGUCCAACCCAAUCCAUAUAACUGCAAUCCCGUUGAGUUGCCAUGGAGCACCAGACGCACUUAUGUUUCUAGCACUUUGUUGCAUGAGCGAGUCCAACUGAUAGGAUUCCAGGAAGCUCUGAUUCGCCAGGUAAACGACCUCCAAGUGCUUCUAAGCAAUGAAUGGGCGGGUGAAUAUAGCCCAAUCUUCUUCAGAAAAUCAGUCUUUAAUCUCAUCGACUCUGAUACAUUCUGGCUUACAGACACCCCCUUUAAGCCGUCCAAGUACCGCGGUGCCGGUUCAUACCGCGUAUGCACCGUAGCUCACCUAGAAAUCCUCGCUACUGGGCAGCGCUUCACACUGCUAAACACACACCUUGACGACCAGAGCGAUGCGCAGCGUAGGUUGGGAGCAUCCCUCAUCUUGCACCGGGCUCAUUAUGAGGCUGUCAAAACCAAGAGGCCGGUUUUGGUUACCGGAGAUUUCAAUAGUUCCCCAAACGGGAGCGAUUCUGGGGCAUACCAAAUCACUACUGGUGGCAUAAAUCCCGCAGCAAUUCCAUCCUCAUUCACACAGAAGUACCCUAUUCUGAGCGACCAUGGUCCUAAAUUUACCGAGCAAGACCUCAAGGCCCAUGUCCCUCGCCAGCAUAUCUCAGGGGAUUUUGCUACAUUCACAGGCUUCACUCAGCCAAAUAACACCUGGGCUUACAACCGGAUCGAUUUUAUAUUUGGAAGCUCGCGGGGCGGGUGGGAUGCCACUUCUUAUAGGGUCGGGAGCUCCUUUACCGAUGAUGGGGUGUGGGCAAGCGACCAUCGUCCGGUAUAUGUGGACGUCACUUUGACUUAAGGCGUCCCAUCUCCACCUUCAUCCUUAAAUUGGAUUGCAGCGAACUUGUUCGCCCAUGUAGCGUCACGGUAGUGUCAAAAUCGACCCCAGUUUCCUUAGAUGUUGAGUAAGG